AGAUUGUAUGCAUAUCAAGAAUGAAUGAAGUAUUUUGGGAUGAGAGAACAUGGCUGCUACAUCCUUAUCUCUCUCCUUUCUUCCUAAGCCUAACUCAUCUCUUUUCUUUUCCAAAAAUGUCUCCCACAUUUCACUACUUAGAAAAAUCCACCCUCUCAAGAUUCACAAUCUACCAUUAAUUUCCUCCACAAACAAUAUCCAAAAUUCUUGGAAAAUUUCCGCUAUUUCUGAGAAUUUCUUGCUAUCAGAAGCAAACCCACCAGCUGAAAUCACCGAACAAAUAGUAUCUACAGCUGAAACUACAGAGCAAAUAGUUUCUUCCACCAGUGAUGAUGGAGUGUCAACCAUCAUAUCAGCUCUCCUUUUUGUUGCUUUCGUUGGCUUAUCCAUUCUCACUAUUGGGGUAAUCUACAUAGCGGUUACAGAUUUCUUGCAAAAAAGGGAGAAAGAGAAGUUUGAGAAGGAAGAGUCAGCUAAGAAAAAGAAGACUAGUGGUCGCAAGGGCAAAAUCGUAGCUAGAUCAGCUAGAGCUGGACCUAAAGGCUUUGGUCAAAAACUUGAGGAACCUGAUGAUAAUGACGACUAAAAUUCGUUACUUACUGGAGAUGUAAUGGCAAAUGCAGAAUCGAAGCAGCAGUUAGAGAGAAUGAAUCAGAAGCAUAGAAGAAGAGAGUAGUAGUGCUUGGAACAGGAUGGGCUGGCCAGUGCGAGCUUCCUAAAGAUCUUGAUAUUUAUUCCUAUGUAUAACUAUCAUUCUUUAAUUUGAGAGUAAAGAGCUCGCUUGUUACACGGGAUUUAACGUAUCCAACGGACGGAAAGGCCUUUCCCCUCCCUCCGUAACACCCACUAACUCAAACCUUUUUUAAAAGAA